AUGAAUAGAGAAGAAGGUAACUUCGUCCUUAAUUAGUAAGUAGAAAUUAAUGCUCAAGAAGAUUAAAAGUCAGAUUCUUCAAUGAUUUAUUCUGAUAGAUAGUCAUUAUCAUUCAUUUCAAAAUCAAAAGGAGGAUUAUUGCAAAAUCCAGACGGAACUUUGCAAUUAAUGAAACCAGUUUAAGCAUCUGAUUAUAAAAAGAUAAAGGAUAAUCUUAAUUAUGGGAUUAAUGGUGAUUAAGAUGAUAAUUUAUCUUAAGAUACAUCUUAAUUAAGUCUUAUGUCUUUGCCUUAAAAUUAAGUACUCCUUCCACUAUAUUCUUCUCCUGCUCACCCGUUCUUUAUCCCAUUAGGGUCACUACCUCAAUUUGUAGAUUAAUUCAUUGACUUGUACAUCAGACACAACAUUUGUUUUCUACUCUUUCUUAUAGUCUAACUUAUAGUUGAAGGCGUUUUUUAAUAUUUGACUUAUAAAUUUAGAGAAAAGACUAUAAAAGAAUUGUAGGUAGUUUAUGACAAAUUGGAGGUGAGCUAAAUAGAAAGCAUAUUCCUGUUUCUAUUUUAUACCAAUAUACUGUAUUUAUCAGUUUACUACCUGAUCGGAUUUCUGGCCAGUCUUAAAAAGUCAUAUAAUCUUCUAUAUUAUUUUUCUAUCAUAUCUAUCGUUGGGCUUUCAUUAGAAAUUAUUCUAAGUUAUAUAAACGAGUUUAAUAUAAUGAUAUUUUUCUUAAGGGUGAUAGCUUAUGUGUACUCUAAAUUCUUAUCACACCUGCUUCUCUAACUUUUAUUACUUCCCCGAUGA